GGCUGGGGGAGGGCUCAGCCCUCCUGCAUCCCGACAGCAGAUCCCACCCUCGGUCGUUGGAGAAGAGUGCCUGGCGGGCCUUCAGAGAGUCACAGUGCCACCACAUGCUCAAGCACCUCCACAAUGGCGCCCGGAUCACGGUGCAAAUGCCGCCGACCAUCGAGGGCCACUGGGUCUCCACGGGCUGUGAAGUGCGGUCCGGGCCGGAGUUCAUCACAAGGUCAUACCGCUUCUACCCCAACAACACCUUUAAGGCCUACCAGUUCUACUACGGCAGCAACCGCUGCACAGACCCCACCUACACGCUCAUUGUCCGGGGCAAGAUCCGCCUGCGCCAGGCCUCCUGGAUCAUCCGCGGGGGCACCGAGGCUGACUACCAGCUGCACGGCGUGCAGGUCAUCUGCCACACGGACACGGUGGCUGAGCGGCUCAGCCGGCUGGUGAACCGCACAUGCCCAGGCUUCGUGGCCAGGGGCCCCUGGGUGCAGGACUCGGCCUACGACCUGUGGCGGGCCGAGGGCGGCUGCGAGUGCACCCAGGCCCUGCGCUUCGCCAUGCAUGAGCUGCAGUUGCUCCGCGUGGAAAAGCACUACCUGCACCGCCUGGACCACCUGGUGGAGGAGCUGUUCCUUGGCGACAUCCACACAGACACCAGCCAGAGGAGGUUCUACCGGCCGUCCAGCUACCAGCCGCCCCUGCAGAGCGCCCAGAACCACGACCACACCUGCAUAGCCUGUCGCAUCAUCUACCGCUCCGACGAGCACCACCCCCCACUGCUGCCCCCGAAGGCGGACCUGACUGUGGGCCUGCACGGUGAGUGGGUGAGCCAGCGCUGCGAGGUGCGCCCCGAAGUCCUCUUCCUCACGCGUCACUUCAUCUUCCACGACAACAACCACACCUGGGAGGGCCACUACUACCACUACUCGGACCCGGUGUGCAAGCACCCCACCUUCACCAUCUACGCCCGUGGCCGCUACAGUCGCGGGGUGCUGUCCUCCAGGGUCGCGGGCGGCACAGAGUUCGUGUUCAAAGUGAAUCACAUGAAGGUCACCCCCAUGGACGCGGCCACAGCCUCGCUUCUCAACGUCUUCAACGGGAAUGAGUGUGGGGCCGAGGGCUCCUGGCAGGUGGGCGUGCAGCAGGACGUCACGCACACCAACGGCUGCAUGGCGCUGGGUAUCAAGCUGCCCCACACGGAGUAUGAGAUCUUCAAGAUGGAGCAGGAUGCCCGGGGGCGCUACCUGCUGUUCAAUGGCCAGCGGCCCAGCGACGGGUCCAGCCCGGACCGGCCGGAGAAGAGGGCCACGUCCUACCAGAUGCCCCUGGUCCAGUGUGCCUCCUCCUCGCCCAGAGCCGAGGACCUGUCUGCCGACGGCGGGGGCAGACAGCACGACCGGGCGCCGGGAAGGAGAGCCCAGCCUGUGCUGCUGGCCACCCUCGCCAGCCUCCUGACUCUGCCACCCUGGGGCGGGCCCAGCUAGAAGUUUUUAGGAAGUUCUAUUUUUCUGAACUAGGAUUCCUUACCAUACACAGAUUUUUUUAUGAAAAGAAAAGACACUGAUUCUUUUGAUGCACUUGAAUGCCCGAAUGUCGCUCCUUUUCCCCUCUCUCCCUCCCCGCCCUGAGUCAUGAGCAGCCCGUUUGAAGUUUCUGCUUUGAACUCCGUCCAGCCUGGUCCCUGGCCCCAGCGAGUUCACAGCAGAAUUGCACUUUAAGUCCGUGGAGUUUCGGCUGGUGUGUUUGGUGGAGGCAACGGGGUGAGCGCUGGGACCUCUUAUUUUUUCCUCUUAAUUAUUAGAUUUCUGAGUUGAGCUUAGAAGGUCCCAGAAUCGAGGGCACAGUUGGUUUGGGACUGCGAUGAAGACCUUGUACUGAUAAAGAGAUAUGGGUGUAGAUAUGUACAUAGGAGGGGGUGUGCGUUUAGCCGGGAUAUCUUUACAGAAACAGAGGAGAGAAUCAAAACUUCCAAAAGUGUUUCGCAGAAAAGUAUCUGUAAUUAAAGUUCCAAAGUAAUUUAAACUCUGUUUACAUCACUGGUUUGCAGUUGUUGAGAUGAGGUGUUUGUUAUUUGCUGGUCUGGGUGGGGACAGGAUGCAAGCAGCUUCUUCAUUUGUGCUCUCAGGAGACCGGAGUGGGCGGGGAAAGAGCAAAAGUGUCCUACUGCUGAGCAGAGAGCAGCGGCCGCACGGGGCCACUGCAGGGUGUCUGGCACAGUAGGAGCAGACUGGAGGUGUCCACCCGUUGCCUGGCUUCCUCUGUGGGACAGAGUCUGGGCUCCCCGACUGGUCAGGAUGGGGGUGGAGAGAUCCCAGCUCCAGUGUCUCUGCCGUCACUGCACCCUUGGCGUGCAGCUUGACUCAGUUUCCUUCUUGCUUUUGACUUGGCCAUGUCCUGACCUUCAGCUUCAGGGCCACUGCUUAGAGUCUGCUCACCAGAGGUACUGGAAGGGCAUGGUCCUUCUGGACAGUUUCAGAUGGUGCUACCUACUCACCAAGUGCCAUUGCUGGUAGAGACCAGCACGGGGCAGCGGGCCGUGACCAAGAGCCGAAGUCCCCAGAAGUAAAUGCUGGGGCAGAGCCAUCCUCGGAUGUGAGAACUGGCUGUUGAGUGUGUAGUCAUCUGGGCAGGGCUAAGUUAUAAUGUGCUUUAUGUUCAGAUUCUAUUCUGAGUUGUGGUGCAUACUUGAGGGGUUUAUACCGAAUGAAAAUGCUAACAAAAUAUCUGCCAAGUUUAAUAAACAGGUCGAAAAUAAUUUCACAAAAUGCAUUUUAUUUGUGAAUCUAUUUAAUACUGAGACUCGAUUUUUAAAAAGUAAUAAAAUUAUGAGAAAAACUGAA